AUGUCGAAUCCAAAUAAUGCAAAAGAAAAGUUUGAAGAAAUUGCAAAAAAAAAUCAAGAAAAUAUACGACGGCUUAUAUCAACUGAGAAUUAUCAAUUGAAUUCUGAUACAGCUGAUGACAGAAAACUUAUUGAAGAAGUAUUAAAUAAAACAAAAAGUUCAUUUAAUGCUGAAUCAUCGGAUGAUCUUGGUCGUACUUAUCAAUAUUUAAUAGAUUCUUUAUCAUCAGAUGCUAAUAUAUGUUUAAUAUGUAUUGAUCUAAUACAAAAAACUGACGCAAUUUGGAAUUGUUCAUGUUGUUAUUCACCAUUUCAUAUAGUUUGUAUACAAAAAUGGAUUAAAGAUGGCGUAUAUCAAUCAUUGGUAAUAAAUAAUAAUGAAACAAACAGUUGGCAUUGUCCAAAAUGUCGAACUGAAUUUGAUCAAAAAGAUACGCCGAAACGUUAUUUAUGUUAUUGUCAUAAAGAAAUCGAUCCUCAGUUUGAUCCAUGGUCAAUUCCACAUUCAUGUGGACAAACAUGUGGAAAACGAUUAAUACCUGAAUGUGGUCAUAUAUGUUUAUUACUGUGUCAUCCUGGACCAUGUCCACCAUGCCCAAAACAAAUAAAUGUUCGUUGUUAUUGUAAUCAAUCUUGUCCAACAGCACGUCGAUGCGGUUUUAAAGGUUGGUCAUGUGGAAAAGCUUGUUCAAAAUUAUUAUCGUGUCAGCAACACCGUUGUGAACAAGUUUGUCAUACUGGAGAUUGUUUACCAUGCCAAAAAACAAGUAUUCAAUCAUGUCAAUGUGGGAAAACAAAAGCAGUACGAAAUUGUAAUGAAUUAAAUUUUCAAUGUGAUCAACUAUGCAAUCGAUUACUAAAUUGUCAUAUACACGAAUGUAAGCGUAUAUGUCAUAGAAAUGAAUGUGGAACAUGUCCUCGGCAGGGCAUAAGAACUUGUUCAUGUGGAAAAACAAAAUAUGAAAACUUGCCUUGUUCUGAAGACGCUCCAACAUGUGGUGAUACGUGUGAUAGAAAACUUGAUUGUGGUCUUCAUCGAUGUUUGCAUCGAUGUCAUACGGGUUCUUGUGAAUCAUGUCGACAAGUUAUCUUAAAGCGAUGUCGUUGUAGUUUAAAAGAAAAAUUAAUUCCAUGCUGUCAAGAAUAUCUCUGUGAAACAAAAUGUACUCGCAUGCGUUCAUGUGAUAAACAUCCAUGUAAACGAAAAUGUUGUGAUGGAAAUUGUCCUCCUUGUCAAACAGUGUGCGGUAAAACACUUAAUUGUCGUAAUCAUAAAUGCCUUAGUGAAUGUCACCGUGGCCAAUGUUAUCCGUGUACACAUAAAGCUAAUGUUACAUGUGCAUGUGGACAAACAUCAGUAAGUGUUCCAUGUGGUUGUGAAAAACAAACUCGAAAACCACGUUGUAAUAAAUUAUGUUUAAAACCAUCAGAUUGUCAUCAUGCAGAACGUGAACCACACUUAUGUCAUUUUAAUGAUUGUCCAGAUUGUAAACAACAAUGUAAUUUAUCAUUAAAAAAUUGUUCACAUUUAUGCUCAGCAACAUGUCAUGAUUCAGUUAUGGUGAAAGAAGAAGUCAAUUCAUCAAAUACACCAUGGGGAAUGAAAGAGAAAGAAAAACUGAUAAGAAAAUCUCUAACUUGCCCACCGUGUCAAGUUCCGACAACGGUUGAGUGUUUUGGUCAACAUACUUCUCGAGUCAUUCCAUGCUCCCAAGCACGCUCAUUCUGUUGUGGUCAAGUAUGCAGUCGUACAUUAAAAUGUCACAAUCAUUUAUGUAAUCGUCCAUGCCAUGUUGUUACUGGUGUAUCAAAUCAAACUGAUGCUGGUACGGAAUGUAUGCAAUGUGAAGAAAUGUGUACAAAAGAGCGACCACUAGGUUGUCAGCAUUCUUGUCCAUUAGCUUGUCAUCAAGAUAAAUGCCCACCAUGUAAACAACGUCUUCGAAUGAGAUGCCAUUGUAAUACACAAGUGAUCUAUAGUGAUUGUCAAACAUUUACAAAUGCAACUGAUGAAAAGAAAGAAAAAUUAAAAUCAUGUGGAAAACCCUGUUCAAAAAAACUUGCUUGUGGUCAUUUGUGUACUUAUGUAUGUCAUUCAGAUUCAUGUUCGUCUGUUUGUAGUUGUUCACAAUUAGUUCCAGUUCGUUGUGGAUGUAGACGUAUGAAUAAAGAGUUACUAUGUUGUGAUAUAAAUACAAUUAGAAACUAUCGAAUACCAUGUGAUGAAUUAUGUGCUGAAAUAAAAACGAAUCGAAUUGCAAUAUCAUCGAAUCCUCUUGUUGUUCAAUCGAUAGUUGAAGAAUCGAAACUUCCAACGGACAUCGAUAAAUCAUCAUUAAACAAUAGAAUGAAUCGAAAAAGUUCUUCUGGCGAAAAACCAACAACUAAUAAUCGAAAUGUGUCAGAAUCUCAACUUUCAAAUAAAGCGAUAUUAAUACCUACAAUACAACAAGCUAAAAUAACUAGUGAUCAAAAAAUUCAAUUAAGUCAACAAAUGCUUGAUGUCACUAAGCGACCAUCAAAACAUACUGAUCUAGCUUAUCAAAAAUAUGUCUAA